AUGAACCAAUCCACACGCGAGCCUGCAGCUCCCUCCGACACCUCUCUCGCGCAACAACCACCUAAAAACUUCUCGAACCUUCCCGACCUCGAAGAUUUCUCUGCAUUCUUUACCUUUCCCGCGCAUUCACCCCCGACCAUCCAUCCAAUGUCUAAGCGUGUAGAUAGACAAGAAAUCGACCCUAACGCGAGCUUUCAACUCUCACACAAUCAUCCAUCGACUGCCGACACAUCUACUCUCAAAUCCGAGGUUCCUUCGCCAGCCAGCUCGCGAAAUAAGAGACGCGCCUCGGGCCCUGCGACGGCAACGAAUACUUCGGUUUUCAAUAUGCAGGCGGGUUCAUCUAUUGCAGGACCUUCUUCGGCGGGUUUAGAUGAUCCCAAUAUGGCCUCGUCGAUGGCACCACCUGCUAAAAAGAGUCGUACCAAUACUCCUUGGACACCUGCUGAAGAGCAGAGAUUGAAGAAUAUGAGGGAUGCAGGUAAUAGCUGGGCGGAUAUUGCAAAGGACAUGCAUUAUGCAGAAUUCGCGGAAGAUGAGAGUCAGGCUUUGCUCGCGGCUAUCAAGGAUUACGAGGCGAAUAAGUGGAAGGCUAUUGGACAGAAAGUUGGAAAACCCGCCAAGGCUUGCGAACAGUACGCCAAAGAUAAUUUUAGCGGGAAAAUAUAA